GAGACGCUCGGCGUGGUGCAGUCUACGGCUCUCCGGACUCAGACCGAUCGAGACGCUUCACUUGGGCUGACAUGGUCACCGACAGCUCAUCAGCUUUAGGACCUCCUGACCUCUUCUGACCUCCCGACGGCUGACCGGCUUGUAGGGUCCAGUGGUGGGAAUGGAUGAGGAAGCCCCCGCCAUGUUUUUGGAGGCCGCUGCCGGCGGCGACUUGGACCAGAUCAUGAGCAUCAUCUCUGCAUCCGAGGCAAACCUGGGACUCGUAAACGUUCAUCAUCCGCAGACUGGGAACACGGCCCUGAUACUGGCCACGGAAGGACGCUUUCCACAGGUCGUCGACUUCUUGCUGGAGCGCGGAGCAGACGUCACGUUGCGCAACUUCAGCCACCGGACAGCCGUGCACGUGGCCACCGAGCCCGUCCGCGGGCAGCUUCUCUCUGCCCUCAGAAGAGCCUCCUUUCCCCGGCUGGGUCUGGCACAGGCUGCAUGGCAAGGAGACCUGGAAGCCGUGCGGCACCUGUUGUCCGCAGAGCCGGCGCCGGACGUAAACCUCCCAAACGAGCAGGGCUUCACCCCGCUGAUGUUAGCCAUGCGCGACACAGAGCUGUUUGAUCAAUUGCUCGUUGACUACAGACCCCUGGAUGUUGUGCAGGAACUUCUAAAACAUAACGCGAAUCCCCGGCUUUGUGAUUCGAGUGGGAAGUCAGUAAGUUUCUAUGCGUCAGAGGUUACCGGCUCCAUGAGACAACAGCUGAUAGACGUCCUGAACGAGUCCUUAUCUAGUCCAGGGAUCGACACUCAGAAUGAAGCCGGUGCCUUUUGUCCUGAAACAAAGCCUCCUUUAUUAAACUCGCCUACAAGUACAGACGAGACCGGCUCAGCAGCCCAGAUCUGCAGCCCGGGACCCCAGGUUUGCAGCGAGAGAAUUUCCACUGAAAGCAUCAAACGGAAAGAAAAUUGUGAUCGGGAAACCGAGACGGAGAACCCUGAAGCAGUCCCCAGGAUCAUGAGCGGACUUCAAAGGAGAACUUUCCUUCUACAAGAUAUAGACGGGAUCAAGAGAAAUGGGAUGCAGAAGACCUCAUUACCCAGACUAUGGCACACCGAACCUUUACCGCGUGAGCUCACAAGCUCAAAGCUCACCAAUGAUCACUUCCCGCCGAUGCGUCCUUCCCACCGCAAGAAAGACGAGGGUCCUGAACAGAGGAAGAGUUUGGGGCUCGCUUACCUGCUGUAUGGAUCGAGAUCCGAACCCAACAUAACAGAGACCCUCAGAGCAAACCCGCUCACCGAUAUAGCAGACAUCAAGCAACACAUUUCACAAAGACUCGGCCCGACCGGAUCCACCAGGAGCAACGAGAUGAAACUGCACGUCCCUGCGUCGUGUCAUUCUCCGAGGUCAGUCCGACUACCGCCACUGAUAAGAAACCGGUCCAGGACAAAAGAUGAAAUCGACCUCUCUGCCGUCGUUCUGUCUCUGGUUAAACCCGCAGACGAAAUGCCCGAAUCACCGACCCCGGCUCAGCGCAGCCCCGAGGGCUUUCCACAAGAAAGAAGUUCUUUCCAACUGCGCCACUGGGAUUUCAGUACAGGCCGUGUUACCGUUUCCGCCGAAAAUCUGGAACCAUCUCACCUAGAGGAAGCCAAGCUUUUUCAAGACGUGGACCAGGAAGAAGUAAAUGAAACUGAUAGACGUAUCCAAAAUGUAUCGGAAAGCGCCAGUCAGACGGGGAGAGAGCUUGAGGUCCAAGACGUUGUUUUGGUAAAUGAAUCAACGUCUAAUAUCAAUGUCAAUGAAUCAAAAACCGACAAACAUCUUAUGGACGGCAGUGAAUUAAAAGACGCCGAAGGUCUUCAUCCUUUCAGAACCUCAACGCCAGAACCCGUGUCUUUUGUACUUAUUACUUUCUCUGAGCAAAAACCUCAAUGUUCUUCUAACGUCAGACCCACAAGACGAAAGGGCAACAUCUGCGGUGUGCCUCAUAAUGUCAACCACAGCUUUAAUAUUAACGCUCAAAAGGAGAACGAGAAGCCCAAGAAGAAUAAAAGACUUAGAAAUAAAUCAGCUCCGGAGUCUUCUUUAAAGAACCACCCAAGACCUCUUUCUAACAGCAAGAAAAUAAACAUAAAAAGCGUUCCGGUCCCUACUUUGGGAUUACUGGUUCCUCGGACUAUUCCAAAAACGUCCAAGAAGGUCCAACGCUUAGAAGAAAGCAGUUUCGAUAAAUCAAGCCAAAAAUCUCACGCGCGGUUACCGCACUUCAAGAAAAAAAGUAACCCGCUAACGAAAUCACCAAGCCCUUUAAGCGGUAGAUCAAGGACAGCGAUAGGAAUGUUGACCUACGAUGACAUGUACAAGGAGAUGACGCCACAAAAGGGAGGUCCGGGUAUGUUUGAAAUGUUCCCUACGGAUUUAUACGGCGUUGGGACUUGUAAAGAGGGUGACGAGCCUGGCAGAACAUCCAUUUCAUCAAAUAAGCGUUUUGCUUCAGCAAGUGCCAAGUCGCUGAGUGCCAACGAUACCAAAGGAAGGACGCAGAAAAGACCCAAUUCUAAAACUAGAAAGAGCUCGUCUGCGUUAAGCCAAAAGCACAGAAGCUCAUUGAAAACAGAGAAAGCUACCAAAGACGAUCAAACUAAUACACGAGAUAACGUGGUCAUCAUUUCCGGAAUGGACUGGCAGAUCAAAGCAAUAAAACAAGAGGACUUCAACAAAAAUAAGAAAGCGCUCGGAGUGUCGGAAGCCAUAGGUGCGGGUCAGCAAAAUGGUCAUUAUUCCGAAUUAUCCAUAAUUAAAGAGGCUACGUUAGAAAAGUCACUUAGUAUGAGUGGGCGCUUCAGAGGGACCUUCCACCAGAUGAUCUUGGAAAUGGGACAAAGUCCAGGUAAAGAGAUUGAUCAACGUGGAAUAUCAGAACAGUCUAAAGAAGAGUUGUCAGAAGAUGAUGAUGAUGAUGACGAUGGUCAACGAGGAAUCAACCAUGAAGAGGACGUUCAGAAUGUUCCAACACCAGAAACGAGAGAUUUAUUGGAAAGAGGUGCUCAUGAGAAACAAUUGGCUGAGGGUUCCUUUGGAAAUUCUAAAAGCACCGGCGGUAAUUUCUAUUUUGAAAACCACGGGAAGAAAAGCUGUAGUGAAGACGAAGGAGAUGCAGAAAGCGCCUGUACGAUUGCUAAACUUUUCGAGGAUAUUUGUACCGACCCAGACAGCGAAUCGACCGAUGAGCUGAUUCGGCAUCUGAUGCAACAAAUUUCAUCCAUCGACGAAAAGGAAAGCAGUCUUUCCAAGACGCUGCCGAGUACGAAGACGGAGUCUGAAACGCAAAAAUCCCAGGAGCAACACGAGAACCUAGAAAAAGGAGGGAAAACGCCCGAUAGCAAAGAGCGUAACAAAAGUGAGAGUCUUAACACCGAUAAUAAUUCGAACAAUCUGAACCUCGAUGAAGGCAUCUGUGAAUUCAACCACAAAACCGACGGUGCCAUCUCAUGGAUCAAGGGCGAAAUGUUAGGAAGAGGAGCCUACGGAACGGUGUACUGCGGUCUUACUAGUCAGGGCGAGCUGAUAGCUGCUAAACAGGUUGCUUUGGACGCCUCUGACCCAGCGACGGCCAAGAAGGAAUAUAAUAAACUCCAAGAAGAAGUGGAUCUUCUGAAAACACUGAAGCACGAAAAUAUAGUUGGCUAUCUGGGAACAAGUCUACAAGACAACGUGGUGACCAUCUUCAUGGAAUUUGUCCCGGGAGGAUCGAUCUCCAGUAUCUUGAAACAGUUUGGGCCUCUACAUGAAAUUGUUAUCAGUAGGUACACAAAGCAUAUCCUGCGAGGCAUUGCGUAUCUUCACAACAACAGAGUCAUCCAUAGGGACGUCAAGGGAAAUAACGUCAUGCUCAUGCCAAACGGGAUUCUAAAACUGAUAGACUUUGGAUGUGCCAAACGACUGACGAGGUUAAGUAUGAGCGGGACGCACAACGAGGUGCUGAAGUCCAUGCACGGGACGCCUUAUUGGAUGGCACCAGAAGUCAUUACGGAGUCCGGACACGGAGCCAAAUCGGAUAUUUGGAGUAUCGGAUGCACUGUGUUUGAAAUGGCAACGGGAAAGCCGCCUCUGGCCUACAUGAACAAGAUGGCUGCCAUGUAUUACAUAGCCACCGGGAAGGGAUUCAUGCCAACACUUCCUGACCAUUUCUCCAUUAAAGCAAGAAACUUUGUGAAUUUGUGUUUGACUAGGGAUCAAAAUGACCGCCCUUCAGCGGAACAACUGUUACAACAUCCAUUCGUCAAAAGAAAAUUAUGAAAACUGGAAAAUUAAAGGGGAAAAAAGACACAAUGUGCCAAUAGGGACUGAUUUACAUAACCAACCUGGGACUAAAGUUUGUAUUUGUAAAUGUUGCAAUAAAAGUGAGACACUUGC